UUCGAUUCCGAGAGAGAAAGAGAGAGGAGUAGAUCUUCGCUUCUCUCCGUCGUUCGUCGUCGUUUGGUAACCGCUCGCAUUUCUCUCAGGCAACUUUCUCUUCCUUCUUAAAAAUCCAAAGUGAAAAAUGGGGUUGUCUUUCUCAAAGCUAUUCAGCCGGCUUUUUGCCAAGAAGGAGAUGCGUAUUCUGAUGGUUGGUCUUGAUGCUGCUGUUAAAACCACCAUUCUUUACAAGCUUAAAUUGGGAGAGAUUGUCACUACCAUUCCUACCAUAGGAUUCAAUGUUGAGACCGUGGAAUACAAGAACAUCAGCUUCACUAUUUGGGAUGUUGGUGGCCAGGACAAGAUCCGACCAUUGUGGAGACAUUACUUCCAAAACACAGGACUUAUUUUUGUGGUUGAUAGCAAUGAUCGUGAUCGUGUGGUUGAAGCUAGAGAUGAGUUGCACAGGAUGUUGAAUGAGGAUGAGUUGAGGGAUGCUGUCCUGCUAGUAUUCGCAAACAAGCAAGAUCUUCCAAAUGCUAUGAAUGCUGCUGAGAUUACUGACAAGCUUGGGCUUCAAUCUCUCCACCAGCGCCACUGGUACAUCCAGAGCACAUGUGCCACUUCUGGUGAAGGAUUGUACGAGGGACUGGACUGGCUCUCAAACAACAUUGCAAACAAGGCAUAGAUGGCAUAAUUGAGUUGUCAGGCUCAUUGAUGAUGUCCCCUCUACAGUCCUGUAUGUUUUAUCCCGUUCAAGUGUUUUGCUUUUCCCAUGUUCUUUUGUUUCUUGCAAACGUUGCCAUUUAUUAUAUGUAGUUUAAGAAUAAUUGAUGAAUUCUGGGUUUUUCCUUGCUGGUAUUAUACCGAUAGCUGAAAAAAAUUCCCCAAGUUUG